AUGGAACCUCCGCAUGACUCACGACGCGAAGCGGAGAUCUUAAAAAAGGCGGCGUGCCCCAAUGUCAUCGCCCUGAUAGACACCUUCAGAGAGGACGGUGGCAAGUUCGUUCUGGUCUUCCCGUUUAUGCCAUUCGACCUGGGUGUCGUUCUCAGAGAAGGCAAGUUCGCAAAGACGCAGGCAAAGAUCUGGUUGAAGGACUUGUUCUUGGCACUCGCAUUCAUCCACGAGCACGGCAUCAUACACCGCGACAUUAAGCCUUCAAACAUUCUACUUAAAUCCAUCGAUGGACCAGCGUACCUGGCAGACUUUGGUAUUGCUUGGGCACCAGAUACUGCAGGCUCUGAAGCACCCGACGCAAAGAUCACAGAUGUCGGCACAACAUGCUACAGGCCGCCCGAGCUAUUGUUCGGCAACAAAGCCUACGACUGUACCCUCGACCUAUGGGCGGCUGGCUGCACCGUAGCCGAGAUUCUGGAUCCGGAUCACCCAACACUGUUCGAUUCUGGGGAGUUGGGCAGCGACCUGUCGUUGCUGCAAAGCAUCUUCAAGAAGCUGGGAACGCCGACAUUGACUCGAUGGCCUGAGGCGGCAAAAUUUCCAGACUGGGGAAAGAUGCAGUUCUAUGAAUACCCCGAAGAGCAUUGGGGUAAGCUGCUACCACGCGUAUCUGAAGAAGGGCAGGACCUUGUCUCAGAACUCGUCCGGAUAACUGCUCGGCCUGGAGCUGCAGGCCCCCCUCUCAACAUGGCAUUCUUAUUCAGGACCAAGCAGAAGACCAAUGCCGAGCUCACGCGGUCGACAAGGGAUCUCACUGUCCGCCUUAGCCAGGAGGAUAAGCCCAACCCAAAGUUGGAAGAGGAGCUGGCUCGAGACCUGCAGCAGAUGAAGCUGAGGCUUCAGGGCACGCCUGACACCGAAGUCAACCCCGACCAUGUAUUCCAGCUCCUGUCCGCGAUCCUGGCCGACGACCUGCUAUAUACGUUAGCAACCAACAUACACAAGCUGCCGUUCGAAUCGCGCAAAGACGCACAAGUCAUCUUCUCAUCCGCCUUCCGCUACAAGCCUGCUGGUCAGACCGACCCCCAAGUUCUACACCACAUCGUACAGUUCCGUCCAGACAUUAUAAUAGCGCUAUGCCGAGGGUACGACAGGCGAGAGAGUGCUAUGCCGUGUGGAGGAGUGUUGCGCGAGGCCUUGAAGUACGACGCCAUCGCUGCGUUGUUGCUGUACGAUGAAGGCGAUGAAGGGAAACCGUUGGACCUCGCCAAUGUGAACCCUGACAUAGCUGCAAGUGGGAACGGCAUAUUCUGGAGAUUCUUUGAUUGGAUAGACAAGGGCGCGUUCGAGUUGAGCGCGGACGCGUUCAACACGUUCAGGGAAAUCCUCACAAAGCACAAGCCACUCGUAGCGACAUUCUUGCAGACGAACUUUGAGGUGUUCUUCUCCAAGUACAACACGAUGCUGAUUUCGUCGGAGAGCUACGUGACCAAGCGGCAAUCUAUCAAGUUGCUGGGCGAGAUCCUGCUUGACCGGGCGAACUACAGUGUCAUGACGCAGUACGUAGACUCUGGCGAGCAUCUCAAGAUCGUCAUGAAGCUGUUGCGGGACGACAGGCGGAUGAUCAACUACGAGGGGUUUCACGUGUUCAAGGUGUUUGUUGCGAACCCCAACAAGUCGAUGGCAGUGCAGAGGAUCCUCAUCAGCAACCGUGAGAAGCUGCUGCGCUUCCUGCCCAACUUCCUCGACGACCGCACAGAAGACGAGCAGUUUAUAGACGAGAAGAGCUUUUUGAUACGGCAGAUCGAGCAGCUGCCCAGCCAGCCUGUGCCACAGCCAGCAGCAGCAUGA